AAACACGAGUUUCAGAGAGAGGAAAAGAGAGAGAGAAAGAGAGAGAGAGAGAGAGAGGUGGGGAGAAGAAGAACUCUGCAAUUUCCGAGCGGAAGAUCUUGGUUUUGUGUUGCGACGGAGCAUGCCGACGGCGUCGGAAUUUAUGGACUCCGGGAAGUUUUGCGGUCGCGAUGGGGAGGGGAAGGCCGGAGAGCGGUCCAGCUUCGCGUGGACGUGCAGUCGCCUGAGCCAGUACAUCAGAGAGAACGGGGGUUUCGGGGACCUGAGUCUCGGCCUCAGCUUCAGCACCGAUAUCGCUGCUGUCAUGCCAGAGACAGCUGGACUCUGCCCUGCAGCUGUCUUAACUCAGGGAGUGACUACGGAGACGGAGCAGCAGGCCGCGGAUGAAGCGGAGGGCAACUCGCUUGCGCUCUUCCCUCAGCACACUGGCUUCGGUGGUAUCUCCGCCGCCGAGAAGAGUCUCGGCCGCAACUCAGCAGGGCUAGCGGGGAAGGAUGGAGGAGGAGGGACGGCACAGAUGACGAUAUUCUAUGGCGGUAAGAUGGUGGUAUACGACAACGUGCCAGCAGAGAAGGCCGAGGCCGUCAUGCAUUACAUUGGCAACGGUAACGCCCCAAAGCUGCAGCUUGCCACCAAGACGAGUGCUUGUGACCUUCCUCUCGCAAGAAAGGCCUCGCUUCAACGAUUUCUCGAGAAGAGAAAGGACAGGCUUAGAGCAAAGUCUCCCUACGAGAUGAGCAACUCUUCGUCAGCAUCUCUCACAAAGGAGGAGCUUCAACAUAACAAGGACACAUCAGGCCUGUCGGAAUCUGCUUUCCCCGUUUGUCUGGGGCUCUCACAGGCUUCUGAGUUAUUCUCCGGCAAGUCAUGGCCUGGGAGGAGCCCAAACGCACAGGGAUUCAAGCCCUAUGGGCUGCAUUUGCUACCACUUGAUCCUCCAGGCCCGACCAUCUCUUGACUGUGGCCCGGUCUUGAAUAUACUUCACUUAAUUUGCCUGCUACACCCGAGUCGCAAUGCCUGUGCUGGACGAUCUAGUGAUCCUGACUCUGAAAUAUGAUUGUUUAUGUUUAAAUGUGGUAACUAUUUUUGUGAUAUGACUGGACUUAUGUUGACCGGUUAAUUAAGUUAUAUGUUCGAGAAGAUGAACUUUUAUGUAUAUGCUACUCCUUUACAUGAAAACAGUAGUUUCCAUCA